GUAUAAGCUUCUUUUCACUUCAAUUGUGAACUGUGAAGUACGGGCGCUUGAAAAAACUUCAGAAAUUGACAAAUUGUAUUGUUGCGACGUGUUGAUAUGAACUCAGGUAUUUAAUGGUACAAAAGGCUUGUUGGCGAGUGCGCGCGACCCAUAGGGUGUUAAGACGUUUGGCUAUGACCACAAAGAAACUGGUUCUUCUUAUUGGUCUAUCUCUGGGUUUUUACACUUCAAUCAUCUCAACACUUCUGACGAGGGGCAACAAAUCAAUUCAAGGUGAACGUAAUUUAUUCCACACGCAAUUUAUUCAAAAUAACCGCACAAACGCGCACUUUACCGACAUUGGAAGAGACGUUGCACCGCGAGUGGAUAACAAUGAUCAAAAAUCGACAAGCACGCGUGUAUUUUUGAAUAUUAUAAAAUCGUCGAGAGUGCAGGUCAAGUACAACACAUCUUUACCACCGGAUUGCUAUAGUAUCAUACGAACCGCCGAGACAGGAAAUGACUUGCAUUCUACAAUUAAUCCAACGAGGUCAAUUGCACAGUCGCUAAUGGUGAACAAAUUAGGCGCAGACGUGAAACGCUUCCCUACCACUUUAAUUAUAGGGAUGCGAAAGGCAGGCACGCGUGCUUUACUAACUAUUCUCCGACUGCACCCUCAGGUAAAAGCAUGCGGGUCUGAAAUGCAUUACUUCGACAUCAGAUAUCCGCGUGGUUUGCAGUGGUAUCUUGAUCAGAUGCCAUAUGUGGAAACAGGACAGCAAGCUAUUGAAAAAACACCGAGUUAUUUUGUGGUUAAAGGUGUACCCAUAAGGAUUCUCGAAUAUGCGAAAAACAUAAAUAAGACGUUGAGAUUUCUCGUAAUUGUUCGCGACCCAACGGUCAGGGCAAUUUCCGAUUAUGUACAACUUAAUUUGACUAAUCGACGAAAAUACAACAAUGUCCUGAAGCCUUUCAAAAACAUGGCUAUUAAAACAGUAAUUCGACAUUUGCCGUGCGUAAACUUGGGAGUAAUUAAAACUGGUGUUUAUAGUAAACACUUACAGCGAUGGCUGAAGUACUUUCCCAUGAAAUCGUUUCAUUUUGUCAGCGGAGAACAGCUUGUUAGUAAUCCAUACGACGAAAUCAAAAAAGUCGAAGAAUUUCUUGAGCUCAAGCCGUACUUCUCAAGAAGCAAUUUUGUUCAUAACAACGAGAAGGGUUUUCCCUGCUUUCGCGGAUCAACCAAUAAGAAAGAGCGUUGUUUGGGAAAAAACAAAGGUCGUCUUCACCCGAAAAUUGAGCCAGCUGUUUUGAAUGAACUGAGACGUUACUAUAGACCUUUUAACGAGCAAUUAUACAAAAUGGUUGGUCGAGAUUUUCGUUGGCCUUAGGUCAACUAAUUUUAUGCGGAUAAAAUCCAAAGAUUCUUAUUCAAAAUUCACGCAAUAUAAACAAUGAGAUAGUUUGGCCUGCAAG